AAAAUCAAGGGCCGAUUUUUUUAACAGCGUCAAGGAGGAUCAGAUCUCUGAGGAGUUAGGAAAUCUGGAGAAUAAGGAGGAUCAUUCAAACAACAGAAAAUCAAAAACUUCGAUUUGCUGUUGUUUGAGUUCUUCUGAUCUUCCUUAUUCAAACAACAGAGAAUCGGAAAUACCACUUAAAAGGAAAGAAAACAACUCAAAGGUCACAGAAGAAGAAGUGAAAACUUUAUUUUCAGACAUUAUACAUUUCACUAAAACACAACUAAGUCAGUAUAUGGAUGACAAUGCUAUCUUCAUGAAGAGAGUUAUCAGCUCUACUUCGGUGUCCGUGCGUAUCAUGAAAAGAUUAGAUAGAGAGCUGCCCAACCCCAAGAACAUUGGAGCAUGGCUGGUCUUAGCCAACCAGUGGCCCUGUCGACUCAGCUGGAUCAUUCAGAUCAUAGAAGACAAAAAUCAAACUGCUGGUGCAGGCACGCCCACAGAUAAGUCCAUUCAGUUAUGGAAUGUCUUCAAUGAGUGCAGGGACGAGCUGUACGCAAUGAGAUCCCAGAUUACAGAUCUCCUUGAGCAGGAUGGAGAUCCAGAAAUGUUUGAGAAAAUGCUUGGCGAGAAAGAGUUUGGAUUCACCAUUGGGAACUUGGAGAUAAUUCAAUCGGUAUUAGUGAAUCUAGAUCAGUCAAUUAAGAGGGAGCUGGCUCAGAUCAGAAGCACAACCCGUCUGAAAAAUUCUGGUUGGAAGAGCAGCCCCCAACUGCCGUUAGAAAGAACCAGCAACAUGACCAAAGAGAAAAUAUGUGAAGAGAUGAAAAAAUUGAAUUUUGACGAGAAGUACGCAGAGAUUGUGAGAAGCAACAACAUCAACGGCUCUGCAUUGGUCUUUGGCGACGUUCAAGACCUUAAAGCCCUUCUGGGUAUGAACUUUGGAGAAUGGUCAGCCUUUAAGAUGCACUUCCUGGGAGUUUCCACGCAGAAAUAACUCGAAUCUUAACAAAGAUGCCCAUCCUCAACACUGAUAUUUACAGCAGUUGGAUGGAAUUGACCAAUUUUCAUGUAUGUUAAUGGGGUUUUGUACAUAGGUCAAAAGUGAGGUUUGUUUUUUUU